GGGGGGAGGGAAUACGACAUCUAGUUUUGUUUUUGUCUCUAGUUCUACAACAAACCUAUUGGUGGCUGUCGAGUAUUGCCUGUCUAAUUGCAGAUUCUCCCGAGCUAAGUCAGCGCCCUUUGUUCCCCUUCUCCCUGGGUUCUUUAAAGAUCGCUUCGUCCCCCCUCCUCUGCCACCGAUUUCUUUUACACCAUCCACACACGCUCGCUCGUUUCCUCGUCGUUCGUUAACUGUUGCGCUAGACAUUUGCUCUUAGUCUUCGUUUUAAGAGAUUCAUUACUUCUCUCUCGUCAAAGACUAUUACUACUACUACUACUACUACUAAUAACUAUAUCUUACAACAACACACAUUUACCGCAACAGAACCUACGAAACGAAAAUGUUCCACAAGACUGCCGCUGCCUUGGGCCUGGUUGCCGUCUCCGGCGCCGCUGCUGGUACUGCUGGGAGCUACCCUGCUUAUCCCGUCAACAACACGGCUCCCUCCUCCGUCUGGCAGUACUACAAUACUACUGUCCCCACGACGGUCGUAGUGCCCCAGUUCACUACGGUCUGUCCCGAGGCGACGACCCUGAGCUACAAUGGUGUUCAGUACACUGUUACUAAGGGCGAGACUGUCACUGUUACCAACUGCCCUUGCACUAUCUCUACGGCCGUCCACACUCUCACCUCGUCUCUCUGCCCACCUGGCGUCACGCCCACCGCCGUCGUCCCUGCGGUCCCAACCGGUAUUCCUCACCCUGCUGAGACGCCUGCUCCCGGCACUCCGGGCGUUCCCGCCCCUCCCGGCAACCCAGGCGCACCUGCGGCUGGUACUCCCGGCGUCCCCGCUCCUCCUGGUAACCCUGGCGCACCUGGCACACCUGCGGUUGGUACUCCUGCUGUUCCUGCGGCUGGUACUCCUGCCGUUCCUUCCCCAGCCGGCACUACACCGGCCCCUGGUGCCCCCGCCGAAGGCGGUUCUCCUCCUGCGGGCGCCGCCCCAGCCGUCGGCACCAGCGGCGCUGCCCCCGUUGCUAAUACUCCCAACCCGCCUGCUGGCACCACGGGGUACGCACCGUCUGCCGUCCCAUCUGGUAUCGCGGUCUCGGGCGCGGGCAGCAACUCUGGCUUCGCGGCGGCGCUGUUCGCUGCGUUCUUGGGAGUUGUUGCUUUGUAAGAGCUGGGCUGGUACUCUCGUCUAGACGAUAGCUACUUGACAACGUGGCAUACCUAAAGCAAAAAGAAAACAAAACUAGAGGAAAAUGAAACGAAUGGACCCAGCGUCCGCUGUGUAUGUGCGAUACACGUACACCAAUCCCGUGGUUAGAAGGAUAUAAUGUCUAUUUUUCCUAUCCCGUCUAUCUAUCUAUCUGUCGAUCGACUGAUCAAAACUUUUCCUUUGUCAUCAACAUCCGUUCCUUCUCUCCUGUUGGUUAUUUCCGGAAAAGUAGAGGGAGAUUGGGGAUGGGGAUAGGUAUGGGUUGGAUUUGGACUUGGCAAAGGGGGCGUUGCUAAUUUUUCAUUUUUACUUUCUCGCUCUCAUCUCUAGACGUGUAACGUACACCCGAACUCUCCUUAACGCGGGUAGCUGGUUCAAUAAAUUACACCUACAUUCCUUCAGGUAUCCGUGUCUUGGUUUCAUUGUGUCUU